GGUCCUCGGGGCGCGGGGGUCGAGCGGGCGGGGAGGGCAUGGAGGCGAGCUCUGCCCGGAUGAGGAGCGUAGCGCUGAGGCGGGCGGGCGGCCCGGGGAGGCAGCGUGAGCGGCGCCGGGGCUCCUCGCGCGCGGGGCGGGGGCCGCGUCCUCGUGGUGCUGGCGCUGACCGCCAUCGUCUCCCUGCGCAGGUCGCACAGCGCCCCUCCCGAAGCUGCUGCAGGACGGGCCCCGCCGUCCCUCCGGCAUGCCUUUUCUCGCGGCGGGGUGCGCGGCCGCCGACCCGCGGGGGAAGCGGAGCGGCCCCGGGGCGGCGUGGGGGUCUAGGGCCCGCGCUGGAGCCGCGGUGGUGAGCGGGAUGCGCUAGCGCGUGAUCCCGCAGCGCGUCCCGCAGCCGGUGCCCCGCCGCCCGGGCGCUGCCCGCAGCCGGCCCGCGCUCCCCAGGGUUAUUGCUGGGGCUCAGUGCCUGCACCAUGAAUCCACUGCUCCUGGAGGCCAUUUCUCCCCCCUUUGUUGCCCUUGGAUGAAUGAAAUGAACCUGAGCCCAGUGGGGAUGGAGCAACUGACUUCAUCUUCUGUGAGCAAUGCCUUGCCAGUCUCAGGGAGUCACCUGGGCUUGGCUGCCUCACCCACUCACAAUGCCAUUCCUACCCCAGGUCUGCCAGUGGCAAUUCCAAACCUGGGUCCUUCUCUGAGCUCUCUGCCUUCUGCUUUGUCUCUGAUGCUCCCAAUGGGCAUUGGGGAUCGAGGGGUAAUGUGUGGGUUACCUGAAAGAAACUACACCCUACCUCCACCACCUUAUUCCCACCUGGAGAGCAGUUAUUUCAGAACCAUUCUACCUGGCAUUUUAUCUUAUUUAGCUGACAGACCACCACCUCAGUAUAUUCACCCCAACUCUAUAAAUGUUGAUGGUAAUACAGCAUUAUCCAUUGCCAAUAAUCCUUCAGCACUAGAUCCCUACCAGUCUAAUGGAAAUGUUGGAUUAGAACCAGGCAUUGUUUCAUUAGACUCUCGCACUGUAAACACGCACGGUACCCAAAGUCUUCAUCCUAGUGAUGGCCAUGAGGUGGCUUUGGACACAACAAUCGCCAUGGAGAAUGUUUCUAGGGUUACCAGCCCGAUUUCUACAGAUGGAAUGGCAGAAGAGCUUACAAUGGAUGGUGUUACAGGAGAACAUUCCCAAAUUCCUAAUGCUUCGAGGACUCAUGAACCUCUGUCUGUGGAUUCUGUGAGCAACAACCUUGCAGCAGACUCUGUAGGGCAUGGUGCUGUGAUUCCCAUUCAUGGGAAUGGCCUGGAGCUCCCUGUGGUUAUGGAGACAGACCACAUUGCAAGCCGUGUCAACGGGAUAUCUGACAGUGCCCUCAGUGACUCCAUCCACACCGUGGCCAUGAGCACCAACUCUGUAAGCGUGGCACUCUCUACCUCACACAACCUCGCCUCCCUAGAAUCUGUUUCCCUCCAUGAAGUUGGCUUAAGCCUAGAACCUGUGGCUGUUUCCUCCAUCACCCAGGAGGUUGCUAUGGGGACAGGUCAUGUAGAUGUUUCUUCAGACAGUCUUUCUUUUGUACCACCUUCACUGCAAAUGGAAGACUCCAAUUCAAACAAGGAAAAUAUGGCAACCUUGUUUACAAUUUGGUGCACUCUUUGUGACCGAGCCUAUCCCUCAGACUGCCCUGAUCAUGGACCGGUGACUUUUGUUCCCGACACUCCAAUAGAGAGCAGGGCAAGGCUUUCUCUCCCAAAGCAACUUGUUCUCCGUCAGUCCAUUGUGGGAACAGAAGUUGGUGUAUGGACUGAGGAAACCAUUCCUGUGCGCACUUGCUUUGGGCCUCUUGUUGGCCAGCAGAGUCACUCCAUGGAGGUGGCAGAAUGGACAGACAAGACAGUUAACCAUAUUUGGAAGAUAUAUCACAGUGGUGUCCUGGAAUUUUGCAUCAUUACAACUGAUGAGAAUGAAUGUAACUGGAUGAUGUUUGUGCGGAAAGCACGAAACCGAGAAGAACAGAAUUUGGUGGCAUAUCCUCAUGAUGGAAAAAUCUAUUUCUGUACCUCACAAGAUAUCCCUCCUGAAAAUGAACUGCUCUUUUAUUAUAGCCGGGAUUAUGCUCAGCAGAUUGGUGUUCCUGAACACCCAGAUGUACACCUCUGUAACUGUGGCAAGGAAUGCAGUUCCUAUACAGAAUUCAAAGCUCACCUGACCAGCCAUAUCCACAACCAUCUUCCUAGCCAGGGCCACAGCAGCAGCCAUGGGUCCAAUCACAGCAAAGAAAGGAAGUGGAAGUGCUCUAUGUGUCCCCAGGCCUUUAUCUCGCCUUCCAAACUUCAUGUUCACUUCAUGGGUCACAUGGGUAUGAAGCCCCACAAGUGUGAUUUCUGCAGCAAGGCUUUUAGUGAUCCCAGCAACUUGAGGACUCACCUUAAAAUACAUACAGGUCAGAAGAAUUACAGAUGCACGUUGUGCGACAAGUCUUUUACCCAGAAGGCUCACCUAGAGUCCCACAUGAUUAUCCACACGGGUGAGAAGAAUCUCAAGUGUGACUACUGUGACAAGUUGUUUAUGCGGAGGCAGGACCUCAAGCAACAUGUGCUCAUCCACACACAAGAACGCCAGAUCAAGUGUCCCAAGUGUGAUAAGCUGUUCUUGAGAACUAGUCACUUAAAGAAACAUCUCAAUUCACAUGAAGGAAAACGGGAUUAUGUCUGUGAAAAAUGCACAAAGGCUUAUUUAACCAAAUACCAUCUCACUCGUCACUUGAAAACCUGUAAAGGGCCCACCUCCAGUUCAUCAGCACAAGAGGAGGAAGAUGACUCAGAGGAGGAAGAGAUAACAGACUCUGUGGGGACAGAAGACUGUCGGAUUAACAGUGCUGUGUAUUCAGCUGAAGAAUCUCUGUCUGUCCAUACGUAAAAGAAAAAGUGAGCUAUUUUAGAUGGAAUUGAAAAAGCAAAAAAAAAAAAAAAAGAAUACACAGCUAGUUAUCCAUGGCUGUGGUUUUUAUAUAAACCGUUUUUAAGUUUCUUUGUAGCCAACAAUUAAAAAGAGAUGAAUGGGAAUGGAUGAUAAAGCACUUAAUCAACGAGUAUCAUAAUGAACAUAAUUUUAAAACAGAUGGGAGAAAGAGCAUGUGUCCUAUUUUAGAGCAGUAUGUGGGGAAGGAAGUGUCAGCUUUCAAGUUUUGAUGUAAAUUGGGCUGGGAACCUCUUUUCUUGCCAAGGACCAUAUGAAUGAACCAUGAUUCAAGAGCCAUACAAAAUUACCAAUUUAAACAAUGUUGCUGUGAAGAAAGCUCUGAGGGGCCAGGUGGCAGCUGCCCUAGCUAAGCUCACACACUACAGUGCACAAGGACCCAGGCUCAAGCCCGUGGUCCCCACCUGCAUGGGGAAAGCUUUACAAGAGCUGCAGGUGUCUGUUUCUCUCCCUUCCCUUUCACUUCUCUUUAUCUCUAUCCAAUAAUAAAAAAAUCUCUGAUUGUCUUGUAGGGCCAGAUCAAGUGAUUUCAAGAACCUUUAUGUGUGUCCAAGGACCAUAAAUUCCCAACCCCUAAUUUACAUGAUAAUCUGGGUGAUAAUGUUUAUUCUUGAAUUGAAGCUACCCUCUCCCAAAACAAAUCAGAUAUAUUCAUUUUUCCCCCCUCUGUCCUAUGCCUUGGCAGCAUUCUAAACUUGGUCUCUGCUGUAUAGUUAUAAUCCUGGUUGCUGUUAAUGGUUUUGGUGCUCUGUUUCUUGCAGAUUAGUGUCACUUAUUCUUAACCCAGAACUUGAGUACACCCAUGUAGACAGUAUUAUUUGCAGCUAGCAGGAUUAAGCACCACCUGUUCUAGCCUUUCCUGCCAUCUUGAGAGUAUACUUUGCUUCUUAAAAUGGCUAUCUAGAAUAGCAGGUUUAAAAAACAAAGAGAAAAGAAACUAGGCUAAAAGCAGGAGAGACAUCUCAAUCACUGAGAAACUAGCUUUUACAGGAAGCAGGAUAAGUUACUCAGUUAUUGGUCCUUAUAGAUCUUUGUAGUUUAAACAGGUCUUUCUCAAAUAAAGCUUCGAGUCCCUAGAAAAAAAAUCUGCAGGUGUAGAGUGUGAAAUGUGUAUGGGAUUGUCUUCUGAUAAGCACAGUGGACUCAACUGGGAAGUAGUAGUUUGGCUCAUGGAUGGAAGGAAAGGAAAUUAAUUUUCUGGCUUAUUCUGUGAAAAUUAUCAGGACACCAUUGAAAUGUUGCCAGCUCAGCAUGAGAAGUAACUCACGAAGAUUGUGCAUUUGUAAGCUUAGACCUUCCCAGUGGCCUGUGGUGAAGGAACUCAGCCAGGUGUGCAUGAAGCUUGGUGGGUGCCAGAUUUGGAAGGUUUAGAAAAGUUGCUGGUCAACACGGUGUUUUCAGGCCCCUGGCUUAGUUAAUUCAUCUCUCUACCAAGUCUUUCAUCUACUUCUCUAGUGUGUAUUUUGCUUUUCAGCAAGAACCCAAUACAUCCUGAAGUGACAUUGAUGGAACAUGCUCUAAGGCACAACAUCUGGGCUGGGGUAGAGAGGACUCUGGUGGGAAGAUUUUGCUGCUAAUAUAUUUAUGGAAUGAAUGUAUUUCAUUCAACUCUGUAUUCCUCUAGGAAGGAUUAAAAUAAACUUUUUUAAAAACAGGAUUAUUCACCAUAUCUUCUUUUAUGGGAGAAUGACAUGAAUGAAUUUGAGAAAAAUCACAGCUUGAGUUUUUCUAAGGUUAAAAGUAGUGAAAACAUUUUCUGUUGUUGCUCUUGUAGAUUUUUAGCUAACAUACUUGGACAACCUUCGCUUCCUGUUUCCAGCUCUCAGCUGGCUUCUCCCUAGAGGGUAGCUUUGCUCUGCUGCCUCCCUGUAGAAGUGUGGUAGGUCUACACUGAGAGAGGAGAGGGGGAGGAUGCUGGCACCAGCUGGAGAAACUUUCUCUUGGACAGUACUGGUGGGAUUAGGGCAUCUCCAAACUAAACUUUUUGCCAAACUUAUACUGGUGGCAGGCCACCCCAUUCCAUUCUCAGGAUAUUUCUGGUGUUAGAACUAUAGGUUAUAUUCUUUCAUCUUCAUAGCUUCUGUAAUGUUAAAUAUCGUCAUUUUGCAAUACUGGGUCAAAUGUUGCCUAAGAUGGUUAAGCCUAACUGCACUACCCUGACCACC